CCCCCUCCUCCCCCCACCUUCAACCAGGUCAGUCCAGCUCCUAACCCGAUGUUCAAAACAUGACAACACUCAAAAGUCCUCUGAAGGGUUUCUAGAGCAUCAUAAUUACAUGAUCAAAUAACUGAAAUCACUUAUUAUUUGCUGUUGUAUUGUGAAGGAUGAUACAACACAGACCUAUAGCCAUCCUGCCCUGCCUUUCGAAAGUAUUUGAAAGCCAAGUUAACAAACAGAUCACCGACCAUUUCGAAUCCCACCGUACCUUCUCCGCUAUGCAAUCCGGUUUCCAAGCUGGUCAUGGGUGCACUUCAGCCACGCUCAAGGUCCUAAACGAUAUUAUAACCGCGAUCGAUAAUAGACAGUACUGUGCAGCCGUCUUCAUCGACCUGGCCAAGGCUUUCGACUCUGUCAACCACCGCAUUCUUAUUGGCAGACUAAAUAGCCUUGGUUUCUCAAAUGACUGCCUCGCCUGGUUCACCAACUACUUCUCAGAUAGAGUUCAAUGUGUCAAAUCGGAGGGCCUGUUGUCUGGACCUAUGGCAGUCUCUAUGGGGGUGCCACAGGGUUCAAUUCUUGGGCCGACUCUUUUCUCUGUGUAUAUCAAUGAUGUCGCUCUUGCUGCUGGUGACUCUCAGAUCCACCUCUACGCAGACGACACCAUUUUGUAUACAUCUGGCCCUUCAUUGGAUUCUGUGUUAACAAACCUCCAAACGAGCUUCAAUGCCAUGCAACACUCCUUCAGUAGCCUCCAACUGCUCUUAAACACUAGUAAAACUAAAUGCAUGCUCUUCAAUCGAACGCUGCUGGCACCCGCCCACCCGACUAGAAUCACUACUCUCGACGGGUCUGACCUAGAGUAUGUGGACAACUACAAAUACCUAGGUGUCUGGUUAGACUGUAAACUCUCCUUCCAGACUCACAUUAAGAAUCUCCAAUCCAAAGUUAAAUCUAGAAUCGGCUUCCUAUUUCGCAACAAAGCCUCCUUCCCUCAUGCUGCCAAACAUGCCCUCGUUAAACUGACUAUCCUACCGAUCCUUGACUUCGGCGAUGUCAUUUACAAAAUAGCCUCCAACACUCUACUCAGCAAAUUGGAUGUAGUCUAUCACAGUGUCAUCCGUUUUGUCUCCAAAGCCCCAUACACUACCCCCCACUGUGACCUGUAUGCUCUUGUUGGCUGGUCUUCACUACAUGUUCGUCGUCAAACCCACUGGCUCCAGGCCAUCUAUAAAUCACUGCUAGGCAAAUCCCCGCCUUAUCUUAGCUCAUUGGUCACCAUAGCAGCACCCACCCGUAGUCUGCGCUCCAGCAGGUAUAUCUCACUGGUCCUCCCCAAAGCCAACACCUCCAUUGGCCGCCAUUCCUUCCAGUUCUCUGCUGCCAAUGACUGGAACUAAUUGCAAAAAUCUCUGAAGCUGGAGACUCUUAUCUCCCUCACUAACUUUAAGCACUGAUCACCUUACCGAUCACUGCACCUGUACACAGCCCAUCUGAAAUUAGCCCACCCAACUACCUCAUCCCUAUAUUGUUAUUUAUUUUGCUCUUUUGCACCCCAGUAUCUCUAUUUGCACAUAAUCUCUAGCAUUCCAGUGUUAAUACUAAUUGUAAUUAUUUUGCACUAUAGCCUAUUUAUUGCCUUACCUCCAUAACUUGCUACAUUUGCACACACUGUAUAUAUAUUUUCUGUUGUAUUUUUUUUUUGACUUUAUGUUUUGUUUACCCCAUAUGUAACUUUGUGUUGUUGUUUUUAUCGCACUGCUUUGCUUUAUCUUGGCCAGGUCGCAGUUGUAAAUGAGAACUUGUUCUCAACUGGCUUACCUGGUUAAAUAAAGGUGAUAAAAUAAAAUAAAAAACACAUGCUAGUGUUAGAUACUAUGUCUAAUAUAUUAUAAUGUACAAAUUUCCCAUAGUAUGAUUUCUAGGGUUGAUAUGCCAUAUUUAUAAAGGCUGCAAUUUAUUGAUGCAGUUUUUACCUGUAAACAAAUCCACACCCACACAGGCACCAUCGGGAUUACAUCAAUUUACAGCAUAAUGCUGCAUUGCCAUCUGUUGCUAUAACGACGGUACCUUAUGCAGUUCAUGUUAUCAUUGGCAUGGUCAACCUAACUAACAUGGUGGUUUGCUCAUAUCCUCUCCUCAGGCGAACACUACAGCACCUAAGUUGAAUCGGGAUGGCGCGAAGGGGAGAGGAGCGUUGCUCUCUGAUAUCUCCAAAGGAGCCAGGCUGAAGAAGGUUGGAGUGGUCAAUGACCGAAGUGCACCUAUUAUAGAGAGUAAGUAGCAUAGUAAACAUAUAGGUAUAAAUUAACUUUUGCACUCUCCUCUUUUCCCGCUGACACAGACACACACACAGACUAUACAUGUACGUUUAUGUAUACAUAUAUGCAAAAUUCCAUGCCACAAAUAGCUUUCAACAAUGUCAAUGCAAGCAUUAUCAACACAACAGUGUAACAAGGAUAUUUGACCCUCUGCUUUCCCCAGAACCAAAGGAAAGUGGUGGAGGUGGUGGAGGUGGUAGAGGAGGAGGAGGGAGCAGUGGAGGGUCAGGGGGAGGCCUUGGAGGCCUGUUCGCUGGGGGCAUGCCAAAACUACGAUCAGUUGGAGCUGGAGGUAAGCAGAAUUCACUUCAUAUGAAUAGAAUAUAAGUGGGGCCCUAUAAAAUCAGCUUUAUUUUUUGCCUGAUUCUGUUUUGUUUUUUCUUAAAUUCGGUUUCCUUUUUUGUUUCCGUUUUCCCACGUUUUUAAAGGUGCACAAUGCAGAAAUCACUCCGCCAUUUCCUGGUUGCUAAAAUUCUAAUAGUUUGCCUAAUUUCAAGCAAGUAAAGUGUAGAGAAUCAUUGUACCAUCUAAAUCGCUGUGAAAUCUUUUCCAUAACCAAAAAUAUUGUAUUUUCAGCAGUUUGAAGCUGGCGUACAAAACCGAAAGUAAAAGACGCAAAAAAUGAAACUUAAGAACGGGAAGCAUAGAAAUAGCACACACCGAACAUAUCUACCACUUCUUAGACUUGAUUUCAAUCAAUGACAUUUCUAUGUUAAUUUGGUCGUGUCGCCCCCAAAAAGUAACAUAUUGCAGCUUUAAUAGAAAAACAACCAAAUUGGAUGUUCUAAGUCUACAACAAUGCUUAUUUUGAUUUUUGGGUGUAGUUUAAUGCAAGUUCGUGUGAUUGCAGAGUUUGCAAAACAAAUGGCAACUGGAUUGAUGCAAAUAAUCCUGAUAUAAUUCUGCCAGGUAGGCAUAGGCUACUUUGUAGUUAGCGUUUAAUUGGGAAGGUUUUUGGGAAAGCCUUUCCAUCUCUACCAGAGAUGCACACACACAAAUACACAGACGGGCAUUCCUGUAAAUACAAAUCACUGAUGCAUUUUUUAAAUGUCUUAUGAUUAACUUGGACAAAUUAAUGCAUUUUCUAAUAAGUUCAAUACAUUUUAGUUUAUUUCCUACUAAGUUCAAUAUAUUUUUGAAUAUUGUAUAUUUUUUUAAUUUCUGGAUUCCGUGGUUCCGUCUGCGGAUUUUAUAGGGCCCUAUGUAAAUAUGCUACUAUAAAUAUACUGCAGAAACACUGGCACCCAGGCUACUAGAAGUUCUACAUUUGCCAUGAUGUGAAUGGUACAAAGUAUCUAAAUGGGUGUAUUUAUGCAUAGUGUUCUAUAAUGUGUGUUUCAAUGCCUUCCUUCCAGACACCUCAGUGGGCAGAUCAGCCCUGCAUCCCCCAGGCUCCAGACCUGCAGCCCCCCGGCCCACCCCAGGCCACUCUGCCUCCCCCUCCCCAGGAGACAAACCCUCCGCCCCGGAGUCCCAGCGCUCCCACCGCCCCUCUCUCCCCGAUAUCUCCCGCCCCCCAACCAGUGCCAGCUCCUCCCACUCCUCCACUGGGGGCAUGAAGCACAGUACUUCAGGCUCAGCUCCACCCCCUCCCCCUUCUUCAGGCAUGAAGCACAGCUCAUCAGCCCCACCCGCUCCGCCUUCUUCGACAGGGGGCAUGAAGCCCAGCACAUCCGCCCCGGCUCCUCCCCCGCCGUUUAACCGUAGUGGUUACCACGGCAACGCCCCAUCAUCCCCCCAACAAAAGGCCCCAGUAGGCCCCACCAACAGCCGGGAGAAGCCCCUCCCCCCGCCGCCCCAAAGAGGCCCGGCUCCGCCCAGCUCUGGCCCCCCUCCAUCGAGACCGCCUCUUUCCUCCACGCGGCCGCCCACUGGGGGGUCCUCGGCGCCCCCUCCGCCCCCGCCUUACAGGCACCCCUCUGGGGGAACCUCCAAUGGCCCCAUGGGGCACCAUGGUGGAGAUGGGGCUCCGAAACUGCCCCAGAGGCACAACUCACUGCGCAAGAAGACCUCAGGCGGCAGCCACGGCGGACGCAAUCAUGCGCCUCCUCCACCCCCGUCGCCAUCUCCAGGACCUCCAGGGGGCGGCAGACCACCCCCACCCGCCAGGGAGCCCCCCGGCCGAAAAUCAGGUACUAGAACACAGCUGUAUGUUUAUAUUGGGGAGACGUUAGUCAUAUCAAGGGACUACUGUCACAGUGUAAUGCCCUUUUCCAAAUCAACCCUUUCUUCCACACACAAUUUCAUGGUCUGAAAUGAAAGGAUGGGUAGUAGCGAUAGACUUAGACAUCACAACAUUGUAUAUGUCCCAUUAUGGUGUCAGAGCAUGGGAAGCGCCAUUGAGGCAAUCUCCAUUUUUAAGUAGUACAUUUUCUUCUACUACUUCUAUGAGUUGGCAAACAAACUGAAAGGGUGCAUACUGCUACCUGUAUUGUGUUGUUUGAACAGGUAUGAAGCCAAGGUUGCCGAUUUACUGCCACCUGCAGUUACUGUAUACUUGCUCACAAGUAUACAGUGUAUUCGGAAAGUAUUCAGACCCCUUGACUUUUUUACACAUUUUGUUACGUUACAGCCUUAUUCUAAAAUGAAUUAAAUAGUUUUUUUCCCUCAUCAAUCUACACACAAUACCCCAUAAUGACAAAGUAGAAACUGGUUUUUAGAAAUGUUUGCACAUUUAUAUAAACAUUUCUAAAAUCACAUUUACGUAAGUAUUCAGACCCUUUACUCAGUACUUUGUUGAAGCACCUUUGGCAGCGAUUACAGCCUCAAGUCUUCUUGGGUAUGAUGCUACAAGCUUGGCACACCUGUAUUUGGGGAGUUUCUCCCAUUCUUCUCUGCAGAUCCUCAAGCUCUGUCAGUUUGGAUGGGGAGCGUCGCUGCACAGCUAUUUUUAGGUCUCUCCAGAGAUGUUCGAUCGGGUUCAAGUCCAGGCUCAGGGUGGGCCACUCAAUGACAUUCAGGGGCUUGUCCCGAAGCCACUCCUGCGUUGUCUUGGCUGUGUGCUUAGGGUCGUUGUCCUGGUGGAAGGUGAACCUUCGCCUCAGUCUGAGGGCUCUGGAGCAGGUUUUCAUCAAGGAUCUCUCUGUACUUUGCUCUGUUCAUCUUUCCCUCUAUCCUGACUAGUCUCCCAGUCCCUGCCGCUGAAAAACAUCCCUACAGCUAUGAUGCUGCCACCACCAUGCUUCACCAUAGGUAUGGUGCCAGGUUUCCUCCAGACGUGAACUUGGCAUUCAGGCCAAAAAGUUCAAUCUUGGCCAUUUAGCAGACGCUUUUAUCCAAAGCGACUUAGUCAUGCGUGCAUACAUUUUUUUUUUUUGUGUAUGGGUGGUCCCGGGGAUCGAACCCACUACCUUGGCGUUACAAGCGCCGUGCUCUACCAGCUGAGCUACAGAGGACCACGUACAUCCUGGUCUGAGAGUCUUUAGGUGCCUUUUGGCUAACUCCCAAGCGGGCUGUCAUGUGCCUUUUCCUGAGCAGUGGCUUCCAUCUGGCCACUCUACCAUAAAGGCCUGAUUGGUAGAGUGCUGCAGAGAUGGUUGUCCUUCUUGAAGAUUCUCCCAUCUCCACAGAGGAACUCUAGAGCUCUGUCAGAGUGACCAUCGGGUUGUUGUUCACCUCCCUGACCAAGGCCCUUCUCCCCCGAUUGCUCAGUUUGGCCGGGCGGCCAGCUCUAGGAAGAGUCUUGGUGGUUCCAAACUUCUUCCAUUUAAGAAUGAUGGAGGCCACUGUGUUCUUGGGACCUUCAAUACUGCAGACAUUUUUUGGUACCCUUCCCCAGAUCUGUGCCUCAACACAAUCCUAUCGCCGAGCUCUACAGACAAUUCCUUUUACCUCAUGGCUCGGUUUUUGGCCUGACAUGCACUGUCAACUGUGGGACCUUAUAUAGACAGGUGUGUGCCUUUCCAAAUCAUGUCCAAUCAAUUGAAUUUACCACAGGUGGACUCCAAUCAAGUUGUAGAAACAUCUCAAGGAUGAUCAAUGAAACAGGAUGCACCUUAGCGCAAUUUCGAGUCUCAUAGCAAAGGGUCUGAAUACUUAUGUAAAUAAGGUAUUUUUGUUUUAUUUUUAAUAAAUGUGCAAACAUUUCUAAAACCCUUUUUUCGCUUUGUCAUUAUGGGGUAUUGUGUGUAGAUUGAUGAGGGAAAAUGUAAUUUAAUCAAUUUUAGAACAAGGCUGUAAUGUAACAAAAUGUGGAAAAAAUCAAGGGGUCUGAAUACUUUAUGAAUGCACUGUAAUUAAUUAGCUGAUCCCUCCUGAUAACCCGGAUGGAAUCAUGUGACCCUUACUUAACCAUAGGAAGUCCCACCCAGUUGAAAGUCCUCAAUGGCACGACCCAUGCUAAUACGGGCUUUUGGGCACUAGAGUCAUCUAUCUAUCUCUGUGGUAAUUAGGGCUGACCCCAUUUAGUUGAUUGUUUGGUCGAUAGGCUGUUGGUCGACCAAUUAUUUUUUGUCGAGCAGUGCCAAAUAUAUUUACAAAAAUGAUGGCACACGAGACACGUCUGAUUCACGCCUGUCUGAGUGGACUAAUCCAUUGCGGAGGCCGCAGGGAUGGCACACUAGUAGUACAUUUACCGUUAAUUCCCAUAAUUUAUAAUCUACAAUAUUUGUUUGGUUACAGUAAUUUCUGUUAAUGCAUUCAAUAUAUUAUUACUACAGUCAACCUAGCCUAGGUUGUGCAGAGCGCACAACCUAGGCUACACUUGUGAGAGUUUUGGUUUAUUUCAUUCCAUUUACGAGUUGUCAAUUUAUUCAUUGUCUUUUGUUUGGAGUGCUCCUUUCAAUCAUGAGUAAGGACACGCACUUGAUUAUGCAUAUAGAAGUAGGACUAAUCUACCUGGCCUGUGCGCAAAUGUAGGCCUAUAAGUGUGCCCAUUUGGGGAUCUGAUACUAUUUCUGAUUGUCUUAAAUCACCAUCACUAUGGAGCUUGUCAAAGUAUUUUUUUCUUCACCUCAAACUGCAAGUAAACAAAGUCUGUUUUUACAUCCAUUGAGAAUGACAAUAGUUCCUCAAUGUAGCCUAUUUGAACAAUCUUUCCAGCUCUCACUUUCGAUUACCACAAGCAUUUCGCUACACCCGCAAUAACAUCUGCUAAACACAUUUACAUUGACAUUUUAGUCAUUUAGCAGACGCUCUUUAAAAUGUGAUUUGAUUUGAUGAAAGGGGAGAAAGAUGUCAUGCUCUGAUCCGGUGGAAACGUCAUUAAAUAGGCCUAAUGAUUACUUCUUAUCCCUUGCGCAAAUAGCCUACAGCUGUGUGUGUCUGUCUGGAGCUCACUGGUGUGGGAAACUCUGAGGGCCCAGAAUAUUUUAUACAAUGUUACAAGUUUGCUAGUUAAUACAAUAGUUGAUACAAUGUUUCAAGUUCCUUGCAGACAGGCCAUGUGUAGCCAAUGUGAUUUAUAGGAUAUUUAUUUUUAUCAUGAUAUUUUCUACCUGUGGGCUGCAAUGUUUUAUUUGUUUGCUUUUAUGUAGGCUAUUUUUACAUAAUGGCAAUAGAAGUUACUUUUAGAUUUGUAUCAUUUUCAUUUAGAUAGAUUUUUUUUUUAUUAAAACCACAACAUUGAUUUUGAGAUAUGAAGACUUUAUUAUAAAUGAAACUGUUCCACGAAAAUGUACAUAUGAAAAUCAUAACUGGCACGGAGAUCAGUAGACAUUGUAUGAUAACAUGGCACUCCAAUUGGAAAAUGUUGCCGACCGCUGGUGUAGCCUAUUACCGGCAGCAGAGAGAGGAGGGCGGGAACAGGUUUUUGUUCUUCUGGUUAGGCUAUAUCGAUCUCUGGCUCCUUCCCACUAGUUAUUUGUGUGUUUUUUAUUAUUAAAGCAUCAGACAAGCUCAGUAGCCUACAUAUAGUUGAUUUUGAAAAAUAUAUGGAAAAAUACACAUUUUAACAUUUCUCCCAAUCGAUUGGUCGAAAGAACAGACGACUCUCGGUCGACUAAGAUUUUUUUGUUGUUGUUGUCGGGAACAGCCCUAAUGGUAAUUGCAAUAUGACAAUUGCUCCACCUUUUCAGAUCUACAUGAAGUAGGGCUAGCAGACGCUCUUAUCCAGAGUGACUUACAGGAGCAAUUAGGGUUAAGUGCCUUGCUCAAGGGCACAUCGACAGAUUUUUCACCUAGUCGGCUUGGGGAUUAGAACCAGCGACCUUUCGGUUACUGGCACAACGCUCUUAACCACUAAGCUACCUGACACACAUUACAGCCUACAGUAUCUAAUCUUUCUCGCAACCUGACCAGUCCUGAUCCGUUGGGCAUGGUCUGUUAUUUAAGGACAUACAGUGCAUUCGGAAAGUAUUCAGAUCCUUUGACUUUUUCCACAUUUUGUUACGUUACAGCCUUAUUCUAAAAUGUAUUAAAUUAUUUGUUUCCUCAUCAAUCUACACACAAUACCCCAUAAUGACAAAGCAAAACAGGUUUUUAGAAAUGUUUGCAAAUGUAUUAAAAAUAAAAAAAACAGAUUUACAUAAGUAUUCAGACCCUUUGCUAUGAGACUCAGGUGCAUCUUGUGUCCAUUGAUCAUCCUUGAGAUGUUUCUACACUUGAUUGGAGUCCACCUGUGGAAAGUUCAAUUGAUUGGACAUGAUUUGGAAAGGCGCACACUUGACAGUGCAUGUCAGAGCAAAAACCAAGCCAUGAGGUGGAAGGAAUUGUCCGUAGAGCUCCGAGACAGGAUUGUGUCGAGGCACAGAUCUGGGGAAGGGUACCAACACAUUUCUACAGCAUUAAAGGUCCCCAAGAACACAGUGGCCUCCAUCAUUCUUAAAUGUAAGAAGUUUGUUACCACCAAGACUCUUCCUAGAGCUGGCCGCCCGGCCAAACUGAGCAAUCAGGGGCGAAGGGCCUUGGUCAGGGAGGUGACCAAGAGACACUCCUCAGUAAAAUGCACAUUACAGCCUGCUUGGAGUUUGCCAAAAGGCACCUAAAGGACUCCCAGACCAUGAGAAACAAGAUUCUAUGGUCUGAUGAAACCAAGACUGAACUCUUUGAUGAACAGAGCAAAGUAUAGAGAUCCUUGAUGAAAACCUGCUCCAGAGCGCUCAGCUGUGCAGUGACGCUCCCCAUCCAACCUGACAGAGCUUGAGAGGAUCUGCAGAGAAGAAUGGGAGAAACUCCCCAAAUACAGGUGUGCUAAGAUUGUAGCGCCAAACCCAAGAAGACUCGAGGCUGCCAAAGGUGCUUCAACAAAGUACUGAGUAAAGGGUCUGAAUACAUAUGUAAAUGUGAUAUUUACCUUCUUUUUUUUUAUAUAUACAUUUGCAAACAUUUCUAAAAACCUGUUUUUGCUUUGUCAUUAUGGGUUAUUGUGUGUAGAUUGAUUGGGGGGGAAACAUUUAAUCCAUUUUAGAAUAAGGCUGUAAUGUAACAAAAUGUGGAAAAAGCCUGAAUACUUUCCGAAUGCACUGUACCUCUUUUUCAGUUUACAGUACAUACAUUUUUCAGAAAGUUAAAUGUUGGAAGGGAUAUUUUUGCUCCUUAAUUGCUUAUGUGAUUAAUUUAUUUGAAUCAGGCAUCAUCAUGGUCUUACUAUUGUGUGUGUUUGUUUGCUACCGAUGCAGCCCCUUCUGCACCCAAUCCUGGGUCACGAAAUGGGGGUGGUGGCCAAGCCCCUCUUCCCCCGCCCCCCUACCGGGUCCACAGCGCUGUCACCCACAACACCACCUCCUCGGAGCCACCCCACCACACCCGGGGGCCCAAGCCCCCUCCCCCCCCUUCAUCUUCCUCCCUCUCCUCCCGCACCGGACCCCCGCCACCUCCCCCGCCCAUUCGCAAUGGACACUCCUCAUCCUCUUCCUCCAAGUCCAAUAUAGGUGAGUCAGGACAGGCUAAUUUCCUCCAUCUCCCAGUCCUGGUCCUCAGUGUCGCCUGUACAUGCUGGUUUUCAUGCAAGUCCAGUUUUUGAACAACUGUCACUGCUUUUGAUUAAUGUGAUGUGAUUGUUGCCGGCAUUUCAUCGCUUUAGAAUCUAUCUUGUGUUGAGUAUUAGCCUCAACACCACCCAACAGCCCUGAACACAGUGUACUUUUGAACACUAUUGCCAUUUGUUAGCUCUCAAACCAACAGACAUGUUGGAGACACUAGUAGCCUAGUUGUUGUUGGUAGUAGAUUGUCAGGUAUCAUAGCCUCAUAUUCAAAUGCCAUCUCAGGAAUGCAAAUGCCCCCUGUAGUUCCUGUUGCAUCGUGACCAACCCAGAGCGUUCAUAGAUUGCACAGUCAGAUUAAUGUUUCCAGGAGAACUGACCAUUGUGCAUGGCUUGGUUAAUGGAAAUGUAAAUUACUAGAGCAAGGUUGACAAGUCAAAAAUACUUGACUUCUAAUUUGUUUAUAUGCAGGGCCAUGCUAACAUGUUACUGUACUUUAUUAAUUAUAUUACUAUAAUGAAGUGUUGGCCUUCAUUUUUUGCUAGUUUAGUGUUAUAGAGAUAUUGAUCUUGAUUUACAAUGAAUGUUGUGUUGACCCUUUACCUUUCUUAACCCUCAGAGGAUUUUGAGUCCAAGUUCGACUUCCACCCAGUGGAGGACCUCCCACCCCCUGAGGAAUAUAGGAAUUUCACCAAGAUCUACCCCAGCAAAAGCAAUAAACCUGGUCCAGGUACAGGCUUAAUUCAUUCUCAACAUCACUGCCUACAUACAGACUGUACACAACAUCCAAUAAAUGGCCUCUGCACUACUGCAUCACAAUGUUAUUACCAUAUAGAAUGUCAGCUGGGAUUUGGAAUUCAAGCAAAUGAUUGAUAUGGGCUCUUUCAAUUCGUCUUUCCGUGAUUCCUCGCAUUCUUUCGACUUGCCUCCUUCGCAAUCGUAUUGGAGGAGAAGGUCCAUGUCCCUCCCCUUCUUCUCCAAUGCGUUUUGAGAAUGAUGCGAGGAAUUGAGAAAAGAUUAAUAGAAAAAAAGAGCCACAUGGUUGUUUUUGGAGGUAGGAACUGACCUGAUGUAACCUUUGUUUCCUCUACUUCCUGUAGCCACGUUCCGGGGAGUACCUCCAGCGCCACCGGUGGCAAGGUGAACUAUGGAAUUCAGGAGCACAAGGACUUUAAUAACUCACUCAGUCUAAUCAGAAGACGUUCAGGGGAGUGGCACAACACUCGAAACACACACAGGCCUAAACAGACACACUUUAUAUGACCAGCCGGAAACAGGUCAACCCCAAACACUAUAGCAAAUUCACUGGUCUUGUUCGACGCUAUGUUUUUACAAAACUCUACACUACCAGUCACUCUCUUUUGCACAAACACUUCAGACACUUCUGUCUUCUUAGCAUGAUAGAACAAAACCACUCUGAGCUGAGGAACUGACUGGUUUGGCUUGUGGCCACA